CCAUAAAGGCAAACAACACAACGGUAACAAUGGUGACAACAACAAAAAUGCUCCCCGGCAUUUUUAGUUCUCUAAACAGGAGCAGCACAUCCGGUCCGGCUGUCAAACCUGUCCGCCAUUGGCACGUCUCGUGGAUUACUCUCUGGAUGUGGGUCGUGCGUGUUUUUUCUUUGGCGCUUAAAUUAACAAAAAACAGAUAUUUUCUGGUAACCAGUGAAACAGCAGGUGUGUCACGAAGGGUAUUUUCGCGGGUUAGCUGCUUUAGUUCGCCCGUGCACUUUGCUAACGGAGAAACGCGCUACAUGUCAAGUGAGCCGAAGAGACUCUGCACCGAAAACAUGACCGUUACAAAGAUCGGAACCCACAACGGGACCUUCCACUGCGACGAGGUUCUGGCUUGUUUCUUCCUCCGGCAGUUACCCGAGUACUCGGAUGGAGAAAUCAUUCGCACCAGGGACCCUGCACAGCUGGCGGAGUGCGACAUUGUUGUGGACGUUGGAGGAGAGUUUGACCCAAAGAGGCACCGCUAUGACCACCAUCAGAGGACUUUUUCAGACACCUUCAACAGCCUGUGUCCAGAGAAGCCAUGGCUGACCAAGCUCAGCUCUGCCGGCCUGGUCUACCUGCACUUUGGCCGUCGAGUGCUGUCGCAGCUCACGCAGCUGAAGGAGAACGACAGGCAGCUGGAAGUGCUCUAUGACAAGCUGUAUGAGAACUUUGUGGAGGAGGUGGAUGCUGUUGACAACGGCAUCUCACAGUAUGAUGGGGAGGCCCGGUACAGCAUCUCCACCACGCUGAGCGCACGUGUCUCACACCUGAAUCCACGCUGGAACAGCACAGAUCAGGAUACUGAGGAGGGUUUCAAGAAGGCACUGAAGAUGGUUGGGGAGGAGUUCCUGGACCGUCUGGAUUUCUACAAGUCCUCCUGGCUGCCAGCUCGUGAGGUCGUGGAGGAAGCUGUUAAGAAGAGACAUCAGAUAGAUCCCAGUGGAGAGGUACUCCUUUUUUCCCAGGGUGGAUGUCCUUGGAAGGAGCAUUUGUUUGCCUUAGAGAAGGAGCUCCACGUGGAGACGCCCAUUAAGUUUGUCCUUUACCCAGACCAGAAUGGACAGUGGAGGGUCCAGUGUGUCCCUGCUGGGCUCAACACUUUCCAGAACAGGCUGUCGCUGCCAGAAGAGUGGCGUGGUGUUCGGGAUGAAGCGCUGUCGGAGCUCAGCGGGAUCAAGGGCUGCAUCUUUGUCCACGCCGGAGGCUUUAUUGGCGGGAACAAGACCCAGGAAGGAGCGAUGGAGAUGGCCCGCAGGACCCUGCAGGCCGCCGCCCAGUCCCCGGCGAACGGAAACAGCUGACUUCAUUACCACGUUGUUUAGUGAUAUACCAACGCAGACUCUGGGCUCUGGGUCAUCAUGCUGACUCAUAAUAUCCUUCUUCUCUUUGCCUGUUCUUAUAAAUGUCUGUUCUGGAGUUCUUUUGAAAUAAAAGACUGAUUUGACAUAUUUUUGGUCUUUGGUAAAUAAUUGAGCAUUGGCUUGAAUCCGGCAAUAAACCUGCUGUUUUCCCAGUCUCUUGGCUGUCGCUCGCGCCCCAUAAUAUGCUGCCAUCUGACCGAACGACACCAGCAUCUUCAAAGCCUGAGAUACCACGGCCUUACCUUUCAGUCGCUGAUUUAUAGAGACACCUGGACUACGGUUGCACCUUUCAUUUCCAGCGUGCUGACAUUAACCGUAGCACUACAAAGAGAUACAGAGGCCACUUCCUUUGGCUCCGAGAUCAAAGCGUCAGUAAUAAGGCCUGAUUAAUUUGGAUAAAUUAAAUUACCAAACGCCACAAAGACGUGCUCCGCGUGGCAGGAAGCCUCGUGACGGGGUUACCGGGACUGGGACGAGUCAUGCAGUCAAUUUCCCUGUAAUAAAGUCGGUAGAUGUGGCUUGAAUUUUCUCAUCAUUACACCAGAUUUCCUCCCCCUUUUGCUACCUGUUACUUCUUAUUACAUUCCCCACGGGUCUGACCUUCCGCUGCUCUUCGUCUACAUAACGCACCGCUCUGGUUUUAUUGCUGUGCAUUUUAUUUCCAUCAGCGCUGGUGUCAUUGUGCAAAUGCCACUGCGGUGCAAAAUAAAAUGGACACGUUACAGCUGUAAAUGUUGCUCGGCUUCAUGUCUUUCGCCUCAUUUGCCUUUCGUUGCAUUCAGACUAUUUAUUCUUAAAUCCAGUUAAUUUUCUCCUAACACGCUCUUGCUUUUACUUUUUUUUGUGGCAAACGUUAGACCUCCCCCAUCUAAUGUCAAGAAAACAAGCUCCCACAGACAGCAUGUGCUCAUAGCAAUAAAGCUCAUGGUGUAUCGUCUAAUCUAUAUCUGCUCUCAACUUUCAGCUGCUGAAUUAUUGUUUACCAUUUGGCUGAGAGUGCACUAACAAUAUAUAAUGGCUUUGGAAAUGUGCGCUUCCUCUUGCAACUUCUUUUGCACGCUACCUUUGUCUCAGAAGCACACAGAUACACGUUUUAGUGUUAUUACUCUGCUCUCUAUUGUGCUGGUCCCGAGCCAAGGUCUCAAUCCAAUCCAUACACAUUUGUCACAGCCUUUUAUAGUCACAUGGUGUUGUAAUCCCUGCCAACUGAUGCUGUAUUGUUUUGGGAGAUGUAGAAGAUAACCCCUUUUCACAGCUUGCUUCACUCAAAGGAGCAGGACACAGCAAAGGUGCAUUCAUCACAGUGGCAGAAUUGGAGACUCUCUGAGAGAAGCAUCAGAUUGAAAGGAGGAAAGGACUGAUGUGUAGCCUAAUAUGCAUCGAUUUGAGCUUCCCAGUCUCCACUUUACCCUCACAUGCACAGUUUCAGGCUUAUUCAUGGUCAAGUGCACUUGCCUGAUUGCUGUGCACAGGAAAUCACAGGGUGACUAUAUUCUAAAUGUUUAGUGUCCUCAAAAGCUCUGCUUUGCAUUUUAGCCCAUGCGCUGGUUUUGCUGCUACAGAACAAACGGGCUGCAAGUCUUUUGCUGUCACCCAAAGCCCCUACAAAGCAACAUUUUUUAAUACUUUGUUUUGUCAGCAGAGAUGAUUUUCCGUCUGUGUUGUAGUUUUUAACAACACAGCAGCAAACCAGAUCUUUGUGUUAGUCCUCGGUCGUAAGCAUUUUUAAGACGACUCCAGCACUACCGAGUCCCACUUGGCCACGCUGUGGAAAAAUGGCUACUGAGAGCCUCAGCAGAACACCUGCCCCCAGCCUGACCUGUUGUUAGUGGAUUUAAUCCCGAGAGAAUGACAGGCUAGUUACAAGAAAUGCUCCACUGCUUUUUCUUUUCUCUCGCUCCCCCUCCUCUCCCUCUCUAUACCUAAUGGAGAGGUAUAGCCACAUGAGUUUUGUGGGUUUUAUUUUUUUUGCCCUUUCUUUUCACAACACAGAUAAAGGACAAAAACACGGACCGUGUGCACAGAAAGAACUAGAUUUUUGUUUCUGGCUGGCAGAUCUUUUCCACUGCCUCUUUGUAUUUACAAAUUUGUGUGGUUUGCUCAGUUUUCCCCUCUGAGGACAACACCCAAGCAAACAGAUGAUGCCAAACUGUUUCACUUGACUGCAGUGAUGGUUUUCCUUGGAGUUCAUAUUGUCAGUGUUGUCAUCAUCGUGCUGCUCAGAGGCAUGCGCAUCCUUUAAAAGAUCUUCAUCCGAUAUUGUACAAAUAGACCCUCCAUAGCCUUCUCACCAUGUGGUACAGCUUUUAUUUUUCUUCCUGCAAAUUGAACUUCGGACCCAAAAUCAUGCUAUUCGCUCUCAGUUCAGGGAGCAAAAAUAGACAAUGUGCAAUAC